AUUACACCACUUGUCCCUACUUUGAUCCAUCAUAACAUCAUAGUUUACAGAUUUACUCAUGCUUGUUCACCAUUUAACCUUAUGUUCAGUAACUUCUCAUUUGCAGACACAUUCUAUCCCGGGUUUGUUUGUAGUUUGUAUUAUGUUUAGUUACAGUUCAUUUAACAACAUUUUUUGGUUAAAUUAAAACAUCUACAAGUAUUAAGUUUAGUUAUUUAUUGAUUAAGUUCUAUUUUCAUUAUUCAAACAUUCUGUUACUCACCAUACUUACCAUGUGUUACAGACAAAGGGAGGAAGCAGCCAAUGAUGUCCCAUAUUUAUACCCUUAGUGACAUCAUUGGUGAUGUCACCAGGUCAGUUCAUGUGGGGAGGGGUGAUUGUAAUUUAGGUUGUGUUUAUUUACUGUGAUUUUGAAUUAUUUAUGUAUAUGGCAUGUUUAUUAGUAGAUAAACUAUAGGAAAGGGUUUUCCCCUUAUCAGGUGGUUAUAGUAGAAUAACUGUAGUUAAUUCCUGUGUCAAUAAAGUAAAAUGUAUACCUGCAGCGAUGGUAUGGUCCAGAUUAGGUCUGGAUGGAAGGGCCUAUAUAAAGCAGUUGCUUUUGUCUUCGAGGGGGGAAUGACACAUCAGUGUAGCUGUGUACACAUGAUGUUUGUUUAAGUUGAGUUACUAUGAGUUAACUUUAAUUAGUUUGGCCUAGAUUAAUUAUUUUGAGAUUUUUUGUUGAGUGUGAACAUGGACUGCACUGUAAAUAAAUCACUUUGGUAUCCCUGGACAAAAUUCUCCGUGUCUGCCUCCUACUAAACGGCCACUCAGGUCGGCCUACAUCACAUUUGGUGGCAGUGGUGGGAUCCAGGCCAGUAGGAGGCAGUGAAGAAAAUGUCAACCAGGCAAAAGAAACCUCAAGCAACUGAGUGUCCUCCAGAGGUGUCUCAAGAUGUCUGUCACCAGCAGGGGGCAGCAGGUGGUCAAGCCAAGGAGCAAGAGAGUAUAGCUGAUCUGGCAAGUCUUCUAAGAUGUCUGGUGCAACAGCAGGCUGAUAGUGAUGCCAGGAUUGAGCAGGAGCGCAAACGACAGGAGGAGAGGUGGAAGCGAAUCCAGCACCAAUUUUCCCAGCUCCAACAUGAGGUGCAACAGGACCGCCAGGAUCGUCAGCAGCUGAUGGGAGAUUCCGCAGCCACACCCACCCCCUCUGUUGAGCUUACAGCGGAGCCUCCUCAAAUCCCAGCAAUCCAAGGCAGGCCUGAGGUCGACUCAUUACUGUUGGCUAAUGGAGGACAGCGUUCCAGCUUGGUGAGGCCCUCAAACUGGAAAAGCCCCAAAAUGCAGCCAUACAGUGAAGGUGAGGACAUUGAACAUUAUUUAAUCACCUUUGAAAGGAUCGCUCAUGCCUGUCAGUGGCCUCAGGAAGAGUGGGCGCUUCACCUGGCUCCAUUGCUAACCGGUCGAGCCCGUUCUGCUUAUGUAGCUAUGGACAUUGAUGACACCAUGGACUAUGCAAAAGUAAAGUGUGCUGUCUUGAAGAAGUAUGAAAUCAGUGCAGAGACCUACAGAGUGAGAUUCCGGUCGAGUGUACCAGCAGAAGAGGAGACCCCUAAAGAGCUGCAGGUCCGCCUCAAAGACUUGUAUGACAAGUGGAUGGCUCCCAAAGAAAAGACAAAGGAACAGAUUGGAGAUACCAUCAUUAUGGAGCAGUUCCUCAAAGUCCUGAAUCCUGACCUUCGUACAUGGAUUAAAGAGAGGAACCCAAAAACUUCCAAAGAAGCAGCAGAAUUGGCUGAAGCUUUCCUGGCUGCCCGCCGUCCAUCAAAAGAGUACCUUCCAGCCAAGUCCCGCCCACCCACCUCUUCUGGUAAGCCUAUCAGUGGCAGUGACUUUAAAACGAGAAACACAAGACAUAGUUCUUUCCCCUCAAAUUCAGUUAAAUUUGAGCUUAGAAAUAGAACCCCCUUAGUGUGUCACUCAUGUGGUCAGACAGGUCAUUUUAAAGCAGAUUGUCCUAAAGGCCAGAUUAGUAAGAACUACAUUUGUUUUGCUCCCAAGUUACUGGUAAGCGAGCUGGAGAGAGAAGAAGUCUCUGAUUGUCAAGGUGAGGAGCUUACAAUAGGAGUGUUAAUUGAGGAUAGACCCUGUGUAGCUCUUCUAGAUUCAGGAAGUAACCGCACCCUAGUCAGACAGGAUAGCCUCCCUAGGGAUGUUGUUUAUUGUGGAGGGACAGUAGAUGUGUUCUGUGUCCACGGUGACAAAGUAGGUUACCCCAUAGCUAAGGUAGCUAUCCACGUUGAAGGCCAACUUUACCUGCUAUCAGUAGGGGUAUUGGAGCAACUGCCCUAUCAGGUUGUGUUAGGCUCUGAUCUUCCUAUCCUUGCUGAGUUAAUAGCUAAGCAAUCUCGUGAGGCCAGAGCUGGUUGUACCAGUGAAAGUUUGCUAGCAGUCACAAGGUCCAAAAGUAAGCUGGAACAGGCUAGUGCAGAAGAAGCAUGGGAGGAGUUACCAUUCUCAGGGGAGGAAGUGCCUGGGGUGGAGCAUAUCAAGCAGUGUAAGGAGCGUAAAAGCAGGAGCCAGAGGAGACAGGAUAGAGUCAGGGGUACAAAAGUAGCUGAGCAUGUGUCCAAGCCUUUAGAGCCUGACCCUUUUUUCAUCCCAAGUGACAUUGCUAAGCUGCAGAGACAGGACCCCACUCUUACAACUUUGUUCUCUAGAUGCAAGCCUGAGUCAACCCAGGUCACAGGAACAGAAAAGGAAGUAUUUGUGGUCAAGGGAGAUAUAUUGUAUCGCCGCAGUCAGAUUGGUGAUCAGCUAGUCAUCCCCCAGAGUUUGAGGCCCAUAGUCCUUAACCUGAGCCAUUCUAUCCCUUGGGCAGGACACUUAGGACAGACAAAAACAUUCUCUAGGAUGGUUCCCCGUUUUUACUGGCCCCAGCAGUACGCUGACACAGUAAAAUACUGUCAGUCUUGUCCACAGUGUCAAUUAACAGCACCAGGCAGGAAAGGAGAUAGGGCUCCCCUGAUAAGCAUGCCCAUCAUUGACACGCCCUUUUCCCGCAUUGCCAUGGACAUUGUAGGCCCCCUAGAAAGGAGUAGUGCAGGCCAGAAGUACAUCUUGGUCAUCUGUGAUUAUGCUACAAGAUACCCUGAAGCUUUUCCUCUGAGGAAGAUUAAGGCCCGCCAGAUUGUCAACUGCCUCAUUCAACUGUUCUCAAGAGUUGGAAUCCCAAAGGAAAUCAUCACUGACCAAGGCACCAAUUUCACUUCAAGCAUGUUGAAGGAGGUUUACAGACUGCUUGGAAUUCAAGGUGUGAGGACCAGUCCCUACCAUCCACAGACAGAUGGCCUCGUUGAGCGCUUUAAUAAAACCCUCAAGUCCAUGCUGAGGAAAUUUGUGAAUGAGUCGGGGUCAGACUGGGACCAGUGGCUUCCAUUCUUGAUGUUUGCUUACAGAGAGGUCCCACAAUCAUCAACUGGGUUUUCACCUUUCCAGCUGCUAUAUGGACAUUCAGUGAGAGGUCCAAUGGAUGUCUUGAAGGAGGCCUGGGAGGGGCCUUUGCCACAACAGCAGUGCAGUGAGCUCUCAUAUGUUCUGAAGAUGAGAGAUAAACUGGGACAAUUUCAAGAACUUGCAAAUGACAACCUGGGCCAGGCACAAGAGCGACAGAAGAAAAGGUAUGACACAGCUUCAAGAUGGAGAGUUCUGCAGGAGGGCCAGAAAGUUCUCCUAUUGCUGCCAACGUCUGACAGUGGCCUACUGGCCAAGUGGCAGGGACCAUACAAGGUCACAAGAAAGACAGGUCCAGUCACCUAUGAACUCUUUUUGCCAGACCGCCGGAAAAAGCAUCAAAUCUUUCAUGUGAACCUGCUGAAAGAGUGGGUUGAACAAGAGCAGUCUAGAACCUUCUGGGCACGCACAGUUAUUGAUGAGGAAGAGCUGCAGGAGCAGUAUUUUCCGACUACAACUGAGAGUCCAGUUUUACCAGAUCUGAGUCAUUUGACAACAGACAAACGCCAGGAGCUGCAAGCCCACAUGGCCAAAGAACUUUUCAGUUCAAAGCCAGGUUGUACACAGCUCAUUGAACAUGAAAUCCGCUUGCGUUCACCAGAACAGCAGCCGAUUAGAGACACCACCUGUCGCAUUCCAGCCAAGCUCGUUUCUGAGCUCAAACAAGAAGUGGAGGAGAUGCUGGCUACAGGAAUUAUUGAGCCUUCUCGUAGUGAGUGGUGUAGCCCUGUGGUGCUAGUUCCAAAGAAAGAUGAUCCUAAACUGAGGUUUUGUGUCAACUUUUCAAAGCUGAAUGCAGUUUCUGCCUUUGAUCCCUAUCCAAUGCCAAGGGUUGAUGAACUGAUUGAGCGUUUGGGAAAUGCUAACUUUCUAACGACCCUUGACCUCUGCAAAGGGUAUUGGCAAGUGCCCUUAACAGAGUCUUCAAAGGACUUUACAACAUUCAGAGUACCGAGUGGCCUGUAUAGAUUCAAAAUGAUGCCCUUUGGUUUGCAUGGAGCCCCAGCAACAUUUCAGAGGCUUGUGGAUGAAGUAUUGAGAGGAGCGGAGGACUAUGCAGCAGCCUACAUUGAUGACAUUGUUAUCUACAGUCGGACGUGGGAGGAGCAUGUGCAACAUCUGGGUGAUGUCUUCCAACGCAUCCAGAAUGCUGGUCUUGUGAUCAAUGCCAGGAAGUGUCACAUUGCUAAGUCUGAGGUCCAGUAUCUUGGCUAUGUGAUUGGAGGUGGAGGUAUUCGACCUCAGGUAGGAAAAGUUGAGGCAAUUGCAGCUUCACUGCUACCUAACACCAAGAGGAGGCUAAGGUCAUUCUUGGGGUUAGUAGGCUGGUAUCGCCGACUCAUCCCCAACUUUGCAUCAAGAUCUGCAUUACUAACUGAAAUGACUCGUAAAUCCAGCCCAGUAAAGCUGAAGUGGACUCAGGAAAGUGAAAAUGCUUUCAAAGACUUGAAAAACUGUCUGUGUCAAGAACCUGUUCUGCAAUGUCCAGAUUUUACUCUUCCCUUUACUGUUCAGACAGAUGCUUCUGGAGUAGGGCUGGGAGCUGUGUUACUGCAAGGAGGUGAGGGAAAUCAGUUGCCUGUGCAGUACAUCAGUCGGAAACUCUUCGCACGGGAAAUGAGGUAUUCGACUAUUGAAAAGGAAGCGCUUGCUAUUAAAUGGGCUUUAGACACUUUGAGAUAUUACCUCAUUGGUAAAGAGUUUGUUCUGGAGACUGACCAUCGUGCGUUACAGUGGAUCCAUAAGAUGAAAGACACUAAUGCUAGAAUCACCAGAUGGUAUUUGUCUCUUCAGCCUUAUCGUUUUCAGGUCCAGUAUAGACCAGGGCACAAGAAUGUCAUCGCCGACUUCCUGUCCCGUGACUCUGAGGAGUAACGGUCUUAAGGGGGGGGGUGUGUGACAAAGUGGGUAAGAAUUACACCACUUGUCCCUACUUUGAUCCAUCAUAACAUCAUAGUUUACAGAUUUACUCAUGCUUGUUCACCAUUUAACCUUAUGUUCAGUAACUUCUCAUUUGCAGACACAUUCUAUCCCGGGUUUGUUUGUAGUUUGUAUUAUGUUUAGUUACAGUUCAUUUAACAACAUUUUUUGGUUAAAUUAAAACAUCUACAAGUAUUAAGUUUAGUUAUUUAUUGAUUAAGUUCUAUUUUCAUUAUUCAAACAUUCUGUUACUCACCAUACUUACCAUGUGUUACAGACAAAGGGAGGAAGCAGCCAAUGAUGUCCCAUAUUUAUACCCUUAGUGACAUCAUUGGUGAUGUCACCAGGUCAGUUCAUGUGGGGAGGGGUGAUUGUAAUUUAGGUUGUGUUUAUUUACUGUGAUUUUGAAUUAUUUAUGUAUAUGGCAUGUUUAUUAGUAGAUAAACUAUAGGAAAGGGUUUUCCCCUUAUCAGGUGGUUAUAGUAGAAUAACUGUAGUUAAUUCCUGUGUCAAUAAAGUAAAAUGUAUACCUGCAGCGAUGGUAUGGUCCAGAUUAGGUCUGGAUGGAAGGGCCUAUAUAAAGCAGUUGCUUUUGUCUUCGAGGGGGGAUUGACACAUCAGUGUAGCUGUGUACACAUGAUGUUUGUUUAAGUUGAGUUACUAUGAGUUAACUUUAAUUAGUUUGGCCUAGAUUAAUUAUUUUGAGAUUUUUUGUUGAGUGUGAACAUGGACUGCACUGUAAAUAAAUCACUUUGGUAUCCCUGGA